AUGGCUGCUACUGCACCAUGUCAGGGGCUGGGGGCUCAGCCAGAGCCGGGCCACCCAGUGCAGCUGGCGCGUCUGGAUGAGGAAGAGAACCUGAUCCUGGAUGAGGAGGCCCUGAGCCGCUGCCUGGAGCAGGGUGGGGCGGGGGACGCCCCCGUCUGCGUGGUGUCCAUCGUCGGGGAGCAGCGCCAGGGCAAAUCCUUCCUGCUGAACUACCUGCUGCGCCGGCUCCAGAGCCCAGACGCGAGGGACGGGUCAUGGAUGGGCCAGGAGGAUGAGCCCCUGGAGGGGUUCGAGUGGCGCGCCGACAUGCAGCAAGUCACCAAGGGGGUGUGGGCAUGGAGUCAGCCCAUCUGGGUCCCCACCCAGGGUGGGAAGGUGGCCGUGCUGCUGGUGGACACCGAGGGCUCCAUGGGCAUUGAAAGGAAGAAGGAGAACAGCAUCAAACUCUCCGCCUUUUCCAUGCUGCUCAGCUCCUACCAGAUACUGAAUAUUUCGAAUGAGGUGAACGACGCGGAUCUUGAAUACCUGGAGAUGUUUGUGCGUGUGGCCGAAGAGGUGGGAAAAGCGUACGGACUGGAGCCCAUUCAGCACCUAGACCUUCUGGUGCGGGAUUGGAGCAGCUCCCCGGUCCUUGGAGCCGAGGGUGGGGAGCAGCAUCUGAGAUACAUCCAAGAGAUGCUGAAGGCGAGGUCCCCUUGCAAACACCCCAAGGCCCUGGAAGCGCUGAGCAGAAGCAGCAGCUGCUGUUACCUGAUGCCCUUCCCUGGCGAGCGGAUCGCGAUGGGGAGCGAGGGAAGGCUGAGAGACAUGGAUGAGGAUUUCCGGGAGAGCCUGAGGGACUACGUCACCGCCCUGGUGAGCUCGGCUGGUCAACACGUCCGGAUGGACCAGCAUGGGGAGAUGCUCAACGGGACACAGCUUGCUGCCAAGAUAAAGAAUUUAUCUGAUGUGAUGAAGAACCAUCGCUCUGGCUUCUCCUCUCCCUGUCAGAUGGCCAUCACCUUCCACAACCAGAGAGUCCUGGACAGGGCCCGCGCAGACCACGCUGUGUUUCUGAAGGAGAAGGACGGCCUGUCCCGGCGCAUGGACGACUGUCUGACGGUGGAUCCGAGCGCAAUGGCGGAGCAGUUGGUGGAGAAGCGCAGGUCACUGCUGGAGCGGUGCCGGGAGGAGCUGCAGGAGCCGGAGGAGAUGCUGCUGAUGGCGUUAAAAGCGCAGCUGACUCGGGAGGCCGAGACCUUCCUGGAGACCUACCGAAAGCGCUAUCUGUGUCACACCAACCAGAGAGCCCUGGCCAGGGCCCGCGCAGCCCACGCAGACCACGCUGAGUUUCUGAAGGAGAAGGACACCAAUUCCAGGAACCCACUUAAAUGCCUGAAGGUGACGCCGGAGAAGAUGGCCAAGCAGUUCGCAGAGCGGCGUGGGGACUUGCUGUGGCAGUGCCAGACAGACAUGCUGCCGAAGAAAGAGGCCCUGGAGACGGAGAUGGAGAAGGAGCUGAGGCAGAAGAAAGAGGCCCUGGAGACGGAGAUGGAGAAGGAGCUGAGGCAGAAGAAAGAGGCCCUGGGGACGGAGCUGGAGAAGGAGCUGAUGCAGAAGAAAGAGGCCCUGCUGCAGGAGCUGGAGGAGGGGCUGAUGUUGGAGGCUGAGACCUUCCUGGAGACCUACAGGAAGCGCUUCAAGAAAUUUGCCAUUGCAGCGGGCGUUGGGGUGGGGGGGCUGGUCCUGGCACCGGUGGGUGGAGGUGCUGCGGCGGGAAUUGCCGCUGCUGCCAUUGCUGCUGAAGCUGCGGCGCUCGGCAUCGCUGAGGCGGUGGCCAUUGGUGCUGGGGCGGGUGCCGUGGCUGGGGGGUGCAUGGGUGGGGGCGUGGGAUGGGGAGUUGGUAAGAAGAUGGCCCAGAAGGAUAAGAACCAGGCCGAGGGCACUGCCAGCGAAGGGGAGGAGGAGGACGGCACUGAGGAGCUGUCUGAUACGGCCCGCCUGAUCUGAACAGCGCCCCCGACCCAAUCUGGGGGUGAUGAAUGCGGUGACAGGGCUGUAGCGUGGCCCAGACAUGUCAACCACAAACCACUCCACAGCGGGGCAGCCAUCGCCCACAGAUUCUAAGAGGGGACAUUGGUCCAACCCGCUCCUGAAAACCUCCAAUGACUGUGUGACACCCAGGCCCAUCGGUACCUGCUGGCAGCGGGUUCAGUGCCCUGUGUCAGCAACUCCUAACAGGCCGGACAAACUCGCUGCACCUAACACACCGCUGUCAUGGUAUUUAGCCACAAAUAGUGUCUUGUAAUGCUUCAAAUGCAUCCCAGGAGCACACGGUAUUGAUAUCUGUGUGAAAUGUAGGCCCUGUCAUGAGGUGAGGAGCUACGCGCAUAUGUGCAUAUGGAAAACACAUUUUAAAGUCUGAAUAAAGGCAGGGUCAGCAGACAAGUUUCUGCCAGA